GUCAGAGAGUGGAGGGCCUUCUCCUCCUCGUGCUUCUUUCCCGGAGCUCGACUCAAAACCCCGUCGCGGCAUCCCCUCGCCGUCGCCCCCCGUUGCGAUCGCCGCGUAAACCCUAGCUAGCCUCGCCGCCUCCGCCUCCGUCGCUGCGAUCGGCCCGCGCGACCACAUUCGUCGCGCCGCCACCCACCCAACCCAAGGGAGGGCCGGAAUGGGGAACUCCCCGCCGAGAACACGGCCGCCGGGAGGAGAUGGGAGCGGCACGCCGGAGGGAGACGUGUCACCCAGCAAUGCGCCUCCUGUGGCUGCUUCUUCUUCUGGACGCCCCCCAGCGUCGUCGCCGACGAGGAACGCUGCGAGCGGGGCCGCCGCUGCGGGUGCUGCUGCCCGCUCGUCGCGUCUUGGGAGCAUGCCUCGUGGUAGGCCUGCUUCUGCAGGUCCAGCGGCCUCGCUGUCGGCGUCGAGAACCAUUGUGAAGAGAGCCUCCAUGCGUGAUGCUCGCUUGCCGCCGGUGCAUCCUGGCGACGGACCUCGCACGCCUGCUGCAUCUGGAGGUCCCGCAGCCUCGCCAUCGGUGGUGAGAAGCAGUGCGGAUGGGUCCACGGUGGGUGCUGCUCACUUGCCGCGGGGACGACCACGCAAGAUGCCUCUUUUGCCUGCGUCUGGAGGUCCCGCUGCCUCGUCGUUGGCGGCGAGAAACAAUUCGAACGGGGCAGGUGCCAUGCCUGCUUCUGGAGGCCCUGAAGUCUCGCUGUCGGCGACAAGAAAAAAUGUGAACGGGGCCGCGGUGGACACUCCCCGCUUGCCGCAGACGCGUCCUGGCAAUGCACCUCCUCGCGCGCCCGCUUCUGGAAGUCCCACAGCCUUGGUGUCGGCGACGAGAAACAACACAAAGGGUUCUGUGGCGGGCACUCCCCACUUGCCAACGUGUGGAGGACCUGGCUUGUCAGUUUUGACGUCAAGUCGGAAUGCACCCAGUCCUAAUCAGGAGAGAUGUUCCACAAGCCUUGGAAAUGUGAUGACACCCCGUUCUGACAUACAACAGAAUGGAGCAGCAGAGGAAACGCAACAUGGAGUGCCGAAGACGAGUAAGAACAGUGCUUCCAAUGCUUUGUCUAGAGACUCAACGAGAAGUACUUGCCCCAACACUAGCUCUAAGAAGGGCACAGAAGAGCUAACGAGUGAGAAUGGGAAUGUUAGCAAUCCAUCAAAGAAGCGGAAAAGAUUGAAUGGAAAAAAAUACCUAAAGUUAUUCAGGGUAGGCGUAAGAGCGAAAUCCACAGAUGCGGUUGUUGCUACUCGUGAUAGGGUGGGCAAGGAAAGCACUUCCGGACAGCAUGUGGCAGACAGCAACUUUGCGUUUGUACAGCCACGUAAAAAUACCAACAUGUCUCCACAGAAUGUAGCAGCUACAAGCAACCUUGCAGUGGAGGCUAGCGAUCAACCCACUGGACCUGCAAGAGGAAGUUGUCUACCAUCAAUGCAAAGUGUGCCAAUCUCUCCUCUUCAUUACGGAGAGCCCAAAAGUAAGUUUGGAGAUGGCGAAUCCAUUGGCAUUCUUAAAGAAGAUUCAGCUUCAGGACAAUUCAAGGUGACCCCAUCUGAUGAAACAGAUGGUAACUCCAACAUAUGCGUUCCUUGCGGAACUCCAGGAACUCUUCGGUAUUGUCAUGGGAAAGGUUGCAAAAAUAGAUACCAUCCCCCCCCUUGUAUUGAUCCUUCCCAGGAAGAUUUGUAUACUGGAAUUUUGUUCUGUACCAACUGUACGGGAAAGAGGUUCCACUUUGGUUUACAUUAUAUUGUUGAUGCAAUAGAGUCUGUUUGGGAUGUCAAGGAGAUUGAGGGAAUGCAGAAUAGCAAGGAAUAUCUUGUUAAAUAUAGGAAUCUGGCCCAUGUCCAUAAUCGAUGGGUUCCAGAAGAUGAUAUUAAUGCCACCCUGGGAGGUCCUGAGCUUAUUUCCUUUUUUAAUAAGAGGAAUCAUACCGAAAAGACAACUUUGAAGCCGGAAUGGACUAUGCCACACCGUCUGCUGAGGAAGAGGCUUCUUAUGCUCCCCAAAUUAACUGAUGGUUUCUCUUGUUCAUCUGGUGAUACUAAUUCAUAUUGUACCGAAUGGUUAGUUAAAUGGAGGGAUCUUGGCUAUGAUCAUGCAACAUGGGAACUAGAGACUUUAAGCUGUUUAUGUACGCCUGAGGCUGACAAACUUAAAGAGAACUAUGAGCACCGCUGCGAAGCUGCAAAACAGUUAUCUACUCCCAACAAAACAAAGAAGGUUAAGCAAAACCCAUUUCAGAAACUUCAGAGCUUACCAGAUGGGUGCCAUCCUGAUUUUGACCAUGAUCAUUUGUGUUCUAUCAAUCACCUUCGAGAGUUCUGGUACAGAUCUCAUGGUGGUGUUCUUGUUGAUGAUAAGGAGUGUGUAUCAAAGACCGUCUUAUUCACAAUGUCUGUAUUGCAUGACGUCUGCCAACCUUUCCUAAUUGUCACAACUCCUCAUUCUCUAUCCUUAUGGGAGGAUCAGUUUGAUAAAUUGGCACCAUUGAUCAAUGUUGUUGUGUAUGAUGGGGGGAAAGACAAUCUCAAAUUAAUCCGAGAUUUGGAAUUCUAUGAUAAGAGAGGCUGCACUAUGUUGCAAGUUCUCUUAUCCCAUCCUGAUGCUAUCUUAGAGGAUAUUCAACCUAUAGCGCGCAUUGGUUGGGAGGCAAUCAUAGCUGAUUGUUAUGAAAACUCAGCUCCAGAAUAUCUCGAACAGCUGAAGCAACUUUCUACUGAUUUUAGAUUGUUGCUUUUGAGCUCCUCAAUCAAGGACAAUCUACCUGAGUACAUGAAAUUGCUAGCUUUCCUUACUGUAGAGCAAGAAAAUGGUGAUUACAUUGACACUACUGAAUCUGAUGGCCUUUUGAUGUCAGAAAUAAGAUUCAGUAGUCAUAUUGCAUAUGAUCAGCAAACAAAUUCAUCAAAAUAUUUGGAGCACUGGGUUCCUGCUGUCAUUUCACAAAAGCAGUUAGCGAUUUAUUGCUCCACAAUGCUUUCAUAUUCAUCUGUCCUCCAGUCGCAGAGGGAAACUGAUAGUGUUGGAGCUCUUCGCAGCAUUCUCAUAUCUCUCUCAAAGUGCUGUGAUGACCCAUAUCUCGUUGGUGAAUUCCUGGAAAAGCUACCCGUCAACAACCAUGAACGAAUGGAAACUAUAGAUGCCAGAGUGCACUCAUGUGGCAAGCUGCUACUCCUUGAAAAAAUGCUUAAAGAGAUAAGGAACAACAGGUUAAGAGUCAUUAUUCUUUUUCAGUCUGGUGGAGCAGCUGGAAACCCAAUAGGCGAUAUUUUGGAAGGUGUUGUGCAUCACAGAUUUGGCCGAGAGUCAUAUGAACGUUUUGAAGAUAGGCCAGCAAGGGAAAAGGAGGCAGUUGCUAUCUUCAAUGACAAGUCUAAGGGGAGAUUUGUUUUUCUAAUUGAAAGUCGUUCAUGCCUCUCAAACAUUGAGCUGUCAUCUAUCGAUGCCAUUAUCAUAUAUAACAGUGACUGGAACCCACUAAAUGAUCUGAAGGCUCUUCAAAAAAUCAAAAUAGAGUCUCGAUUUAAGUAUGUGAGCAUUUUUCGCUUAUAUACUCCUUUCACGAUGGAGGAGAAGAGGCUUGUGCUUGCAAAGCAGGGCAUGCCUAUUACCAACAUCCAGGAUAUAACUUGUACUUUAAGCCAUUCCUUGAUCAGUUGGGCUGCAUCAUUUCUCUUCACUAGACUUGAUGAGCUUCAGCAAGAAAACUAUGCAAGUAAAAGUUCUGAAAGGGACACACACUUCAUGGAUAAAGUAAUUUCAGAGUUCUUAACAAGAUUACCGACAAAUGUUGAAGACAACACCAAAUUAAAAAUCGCGUCCAUAUCAAGAGCUAAUAUGAGUGGGAAGUAUUAUUCAAGAAACAUUACUCUAAUAGGGGAAAAGGAGAGAAUCCCUGCACUGGAUGGAGAUCCAGCUAAAUUUUGGUUACAUUUACUGGAUGGGAAAUCCCCUUGUUGGAGCUAUAUAUGUGAGCCAUCUCAAUCAAGCUGCAGAAUGUUACAGAACAUGGAAGAGUCAGCCAAAGUUACUGCUGAAGAAACUGGUGAAGCCAGAAGGAAGCGUAGAAAGAUUGAUGAAAUUCUUAGUCCAUUUUCAAGAAUUAUAUCUGACAGCGGACAUAAUGAUACAUUCCCUGCAGAUCAAGCUAGAUCGCGCCCUGCUGUUCAACCGCUUGGUGAGAUACAACAAAAUUUAGGGGUGAAAAAACUGAUGAGCACACCCAAGAAUCUGCACCUCAAACUUAAGCAAGAGCUGUCAAAGCUAAUUAAGGUGCUACAACUGCCGGAUAAUGUAAGAUUAAUGGCCGAACAGUUUCUUGAGUAUUUGUUGAAGAAUCAUCUAGUUACACUAGAGCCAGUGGACAUAUUGCAUGCAUUCAACAUAGCCUUGUGCUGCUGUGCUGCUUCUUUUGUUAAGUAUCAGUUGGAUCAGAGAGAGUCACUCGCCCUUGCUAAACAAUGCUUGAGUUAUGAGUGCAAUGAAGGGCUUAUAGCAUUUAUGUAUAUAAAAUUGAGGGUCAAUUUUGAGGGACGGAAUGAUGAGUGUCAUAUUGUUGAAAGUUCUGUGCCAGAUUGUCAGCCGCCAUCAAAUGACGGAUUGUUGAUGGAAAUUACAACUGUACAAAAUACAGUUCCGUCAGAGCCCAUCUCUGCACAGGCAAUGCAAAAUGAGCCAGUCAAAACUUCUGUGGAUUCUGGCAGGGGACUAGCAUCAGAUCCUGUUGAUUUAACAGAAAAUGGCAUCCACUGUAGUUCUGAUGGCAUUGGUUUACCAAGAGCUGGUUGUUCACCAAGUGUUAUUCCCGCAAAUGAUGAUUCAAUUGGUCAGGAAUCUCUAACUGGUGAGCAUAGAAAUACUGAACAUGUUGAGAGAGACAAUAUUGCUAACCCAAGUAUGUUGCUGGGAGGUACAGUUUCUGUUGUUAAGGUUGUUAGUGCAAGUAAUGACGGCACUCUUGACACAGACCAAGUCUGCUUGGAGCUGCCAAUUUUGGCUUCUUCACAAAGUCCCGAGACCUUGGUUGAAACUCAGGCUGAUCUAUCAAGUAUGUCUCCCCAGCAAAGCAUAGAGCUGUCAGCUCAACAAAAUGUGGUGUUUUCACAGCGUUCACCUGCUGAAGAAGAACUGUCAGGUUUGUUGGAAACACAGGUGAAUCAGGAUUUGCAACUUGAAAUUCAACCGUCAAUGUUACUUUCGGACAACUCUCCAAUUCAAAGGAUGCACUCUAAUGACAGGAGCCAAACAUGUUGCGAACCAGAUAGAUCAACUAGUUUGUCACAGGGAGGUGCAGCAACUUCUGACCAUUUAGGUGAACUCAGAAUGCAAGUUAAGGCAAAAAACGAUGACAAUAUUGCUGCAGAUACAGUGCAGUCAGGCUCUCCAACUUACACUGCACACUGCGCAGUUACUUCUGAAGUUGAAAUUCAGAUUUGCCAAUCAAGUAUGCCUGCGGAACAAAGUACAUUUCUGCCUGCGGAACAAAGCACAAGUCUGCUUGCCCAACAAAGUUUAGCAACUUCGCGACAUACACCAGCAGAAGCAGAACCAGCAGGUAUUCUGGGGACAGAAGCAGCUUGGGAUUUGCGGCCUGAAGUGCAACCAUCAACCUCAAUGCGGGAUUCUCCUGGAGAGGCAGCGGGAGCAGGUAUCUUGUGUGUCAUAGCAGCUCAGGAUUUGCAGCCUGAAAUGCAAUCAUCAACCUCAACCCAGGACGUUCCGUUUGAAAGAUCUUGUCUGUCUGGCAUGCCUGAGCUACAAAGUUUGACUGUCCAUCAAAGCGUAGAACCUUCACUGGAUCCAGAUGCAGGAUUGGAAUCAUUGCACGUGUCGGGAAUGGUGACAGCUCACGAUCUACAGCAGGAAGUACAGCAAACAUCAGCUUCAAUGCUUGCGGAACAAAGCACAAGUCUGCCUGCCCAACAAAAUUUAUCAACUUCGCGACAACCACCAGCAGAAGCAGAACCAGCAGGGAUUUUGGGCACAGAGGCAGCUUGGGAUUUGCAGCCUGGAGUGCAACCAUCAACCUCAAUGCAGGAUCAACCUGCAGAGGAAGGACAAGCAGGUAUCUUGGGUGCCACAGCAGCUAGGAAUUUGCAGCCUGAAAUGCAAUCAUCAACCUCUACACAGGAUGUUCCAUCUGAAAGGACUUGUCUGCCUGGCAUGGCUGUGCUACAAACUCCAACUGUCCAUCAAAGCGUAGAACCUUCGCUGGAUCUACAUGCAGGAGUAGAAUCGGCACAUACGUUGGGAAUGGUGAUAGCUCAUGAUCUUCAGUCUGAAAUACAAUCAUCAGACUCAAUGCCUGAGGAACAAAGUAUUCUGCCUGCCCAACAUAUUUUAGUAACUUCCCGACAUCCACCGACAGAAGCCGAACCAGCAGGGAGUUUGGGCUCAGAGGCAGCUCAGGAUUUGCAGCCUCUAGUGCAAUCUUCAACCCUAAUGUGUGAUCAACCAGCAGAAGCAGAAGGAGCAGGUAUCUUGGGUGCCGUGGCAGCUCAGGAUUUGCAGUCUGAAAUGCAACCAUCUACCUCAAAGCAGGGUGUUUCAUUUGAAAGAACUUGUUUGCUUGUAAUGGCUGUGCCACAAAGUAUUCCCAUCCAUCGAAGCGUAGAACCUUCACGAGAUCCACAUGCAUCACAUACGUCUGGCAUGGUGGCAGCUCAUGAUCAGCAGUCUGAAACACAACUGUCAGUCUCAAUGCAGGAUCGACCUGCAGAAGAAGGACUAGAUAUGUUGGGCACCACUGCAGCCCAAGAUUUGCAGCUUGAAAUGCGUUCAUCAACCACAGAUCAACAGGUCCCACAUGAAAGAACACACUCUGAAGAAAGGAGACAGGUUGAUUUUCAGCCAAAUAUGGCACCGCGUCCUGGGCAGCCCACCGGACUCCCUCAUGUCACAACAUUAGUGUUUAACAAUCCAAUACUUAGUGAGGAGCCGCUGAAAAAUGAGUUGGACAGGUUCAACCAUUGCUACACUUCGCUUUCUGAACACUUUGAACAGAAGAAAUCACUGCUUCUAGAAGAUUAUCGGAAAGUUCUAGAAGAUCUUCGGAAAUUAGAGAACACUUUUCUCCAGCAAAAGAGUGAGCUUAUUGAUUUGUACAUGAAAGUUUGUGCAAACCAAUCAGUAGCUGAGAACUUUCGAAGGAUGUUCACACCAUCAUCUGCAUCUCAAGGAAGAUCCUUGAACCCUGUAAUGGAGCAGCAACUUGACUCUUCUUCAGCCACUCAAACCUCAGUAUCACCAGUUACCUCGUCAUCAGGCAUUCUACUGCCAGUGUCUCAUUCAGCUCCAUCAUCGUCACGGACUGCCCAACUACAACCGGCUAUACCUAGCAAUCUCUAUGGAGCCACAUCAUCACCUUCUGUUCCAGUUCCAGCAUCUGUGCCGCAUGGAAGCUAUGGAUCCACAUCCACCGGAGCACAACCAUGUGCUGUCCAACCGCAACCAAUCUUACCCGGCGAUCCCUAUAGAACAGUGGGGCAUUCUAUGAUGACUUAUCUGCCACAUGGUAGCUACAGAUCUGCUGGAGCACAACCACAUGCUCCCGCACCUCAUCUCCAGCAGCUCAGUAUGCGAUUACCAUAUCCAUAUGCCACUCACGCAAACCAGCAGCACGUCUCUGCUACUCCAGUGGGGGCUAUAUCAUGGGAACAGUAUGCUGCUGGUAUGACGGGAAACUUUGCAGCGACAAGUUCGCAAGCAAGUGGUUGGCAAGAGUCCAUGGCGAACUUUUUGCGGUCAUCCAGUUCAAAUCCUCUUCCCAUGGCAGCCACCCAGCAAUCAUCAGAUCCCAACAUAGUCUUGGGCAGCACCACAGCUCCGCUGAAUUCAGCACAAGGAAGCCAGCAUGCUCCAAGUUUAGUUCACCAUCCAAUAUCAUCAGCUUCACGGUUACGCCCAGCUCACCCAGAAUCCUUGCUACCAUCUGGUUGGCGAGAGUCCAUGGCGAACUUUUUGCAGUCAUCUAGUUCAAAUCCCCUUUCCAUGGCAGCCACCCAACAAUCAUCAGAUCCCAACAUAGUAUUGGGCAGCGCCACAGCUCUGCUGAAUGCAGCAGCAGGAAGCCAGCAUGCUGGUGCUCAAAUAGCUGGUGACACUGGUGCUCAAAUAGCUGGUGUCACCGGCUCCCAAUCGGCAUUACCGAAUGCGCAUCUGCCAGCUAGGCUUGGUCUGACUGGCAGUCCUGCAGACACAAGUGCCAGUCCAGCAGUCGUGUGCCUAUCCGACGACGAUGAUGAACAGUAGCGACAGCCGACUUGCAGAUUAUUACUACUACUACUACAGUAGCUGGACGUUUUGAGUUAGAAGUCGAAGAGAUGGACAGUAAACCGAAAACCAAGGCGGGACAAACAUGGUGGUAACGGUAGAUACCAGUAGCAGCACCGAACCAAUCUGUUUUGCUUUUUUAGACAGGGGAGAUUUUGUUCCUCUCCCCACUUUAUAGCACCAAUCUGAAACCUCAUUUUGUAGAAGGGAGUGUCGUUUAACUCAGUUGGUUUACCUGUAAGCUGUGACGAGAGCUUAGGCUGCCGGUGGUACUUUUGGCAUGUGGUGGUACACAAACUACACAUCUAGUUCCUGUUGCUGCAAGGUGUUUUGUUUUUGUUUCGCUUGGGAAUGAAUGAGUUUUGACC